GUAACUGUAUAUCGGAUUGGUGUAGAUAACGUCAAACUCAGUGGUAGAUAGCGCCAUCAGGAGGCCUGCCCCUGUAGAAUGCAUGAGCACAAGCAAUGUCAAUGUUGCGUAUCUUCAAACUGACUAGGUCUCGGAACCGUCCACUGAUAGUGAAGUUGACGCCGUCAGGGGUUCUUCAUGAACAAGAUUCAGAAAGACACACGGUUUUAAGUUUCCUCGACAGCAUGUUGGCUACAUGUAGCUCUACUUUAGCCCACCGAGUUGAACCAGGACCUGUAGGAAACAGGACGGUAUUAAGGCGUGGAUUCCAGUUUCCGAGCUGGUUGCCAGUUUCCGAGCUGGUUGCAGCUGGAUGAGAAGGGCUGGUCGAGAUCUCCUAGGCUAUUGAGCUGUACAAAUUGCUCAAUGUUCUAAGCCAGGAAUCGAAAUUUGAAACUGUGGCGAUGCAAGAUC